UUCUAUACACGACACAUGGCCGCGCCUCCCGCCAUGCCCCGCGCGGCGCAGAGCACUCUGGGACUUGUAGUCCGGAAAGGCUCGCUGUCCCGUCCGGAUCCGUGCGGCCUCUCCCUGGUGUCCCUAACGCGGGGCAUGCAGCGCCUGCUGCGCCUCCUUCUCCCUGCUCUUUCCUCGGCGCCCCGCGCUCCAGGGGCUGUGCCGGGGCUCCCGAGGCUCAUGGCAGCGAGCGGUGGCGGGGGGGGAAAGCCGUGCGUGGCCUGCGCGACUUCGGAGCACGACAGGCUGGAAAAUGUACAGCAAAAGGAAAUCUUUAAAGAGAAUGAGAAAAGGACACAACAGAAAAAAGAGCCAUGUCCUGCUGAUCUGGUAGAAUCUCUGAUGGCAGAAAUGCCAUUUGUUGACACAGACAUUGAAGACGAGUUUGUUAUGCAUGCAACCUCUGAGAUAAACAUAAAAAAGAAAAGAAAGAGGACUACUGGAAAGGAAAUUGAAGAAGAGAGUGAGAAAAAGAAGAAGAAGAAAAAACAGUAUCAGCCAAAUUAUUUCAUUUCCCUUCCAAUUACUAACCCAAAGAUUACUAGCAGUAUUCAGGCUGUCCAAGAUGCAAUAAUACAAAAGGAUCAAAGGCUUUCCAAAGCAAUGGUUCGCUCUGGCUCAUUGCAUGUUACCAUGUUAGUGAUGCAUUUAUCCAAUGAAGAAGAAAUCAGCGUAGCAGUUGGUGCUCUUUCAGACAGCAAGGAUUUUGUAGAAGAUAUCCUGAAAGGAAAGACUGUGGAUUUGUCUUUUCAAGGAAUUGAUCACUUCAAAAAUGAAGUUGGAUUUGUGAAGUUGGCAAAAAAUGAUCAUGCAGCUAUACUUACGGAAAUUGCAGAGACUAUGAAGAAGAUAUUUCAAGAAAAGGGCAUCUUGGCAGGAGAAGGAAGAGCUUUUAAACCACAUCUGACCUUCAUGAAGUUGUCAAAAUCAACACAGCUACGUAAGCAGCUGAAAAAAAUUGACUCAAGCCUGUAUGAAGAUUUUAAAAACCAUUAUUUUGGAGAUGAAACCCUGCACCGCCUAGAUCUUUGCUCCAUGUUGAAAAAAAAGCAGCCUAACGGUUACUACUACUGUGAGUCCUCUAUUGUUUUUGAUCACCCACCUCAUGGCAGCUGUUGUAUGCCACCUCAAAUCCCAAAGAUGAUCAGUGAAUGCUGGAAUGAGUUGAGUUUCUCAAUAUAUAUGCCUUCAACUGAAUGACUGGUCAGUUCUCUUUAUCACAGUGAAGAUGUUCAAUAGACGCUCUGACCAUCAAAGGAAGCAUUAUGUAAAUCUUCUGAUGUUAAAUAUGCUUUUAGCAUUAAGUAUCUCAUUUAAAUAUUUUCAGGAUCCACUCAUGAAGAUUUUUGUAGACUUGUUUUGAAGAAUAUUUGUUUAUAGUAAUAUACUGUAAAACGAGAUUAUCUACACAUUAAAGAAAGUUAUCACAUGCCAAGCUGCAUUCAGCAUGUAAACUGUGAUAGGGUUCUCUUGAGUGUCUGUUCCUCGGUAGAAAACACCCAGGAGGUUAUUCUUACCAGAACUCAUAUAUUUGAAAUGUGUGUCAAGUUGGAAGUUAAAGUUCUGUUAUAGUUCCCCUUGCAGGUUUAAUCUAGCAGUGGCAAUAUGGAAACUGACAUAUAAAACAUCUAUUUUAACUGGAUAAAAGUGUAAUAAUAUGGUAAAAGGUAAUGCUCGCUGCUCAAAUAAUACUCAAACAGAAACCUUUUUAAGUAGUAGAACAUUAGCAUGAUGUCUUAUAUUUCAGUGAAACUAUGUACGAGUUAACUGUUGAGUCUGACCUUAUCAUCAAGGUACCUUCUGCAGUCUCUCUGAAAUGGGCAACACCUACAGAAAGUUAUUCAUCUUAUCCUAAAAUGUUUGUGUUAAGACAGGCAAGAUCUAAGGUGUCUGAAACAGGCAAUAAGUGAGCCUAAGAUACACUGCUUGAACAGUUGUUAAUAUUUGUUAAUUAGCUUGCUUGUUAUUUUUAUGUAUGUAUAAUGUAAAUAUAUAUAUAUACAUAUUUUCAACUAAAUGAGAAAAAGAUGCAUUAUAUUUGCAAGCUUCAUGUUUCUGAGGAGAUCAAUAACAUUGUGAACAGAACCCAUUACAAACACAAUGUAUUCUUGCAGGUUGUGGCUGUUAAGCUAGUUAAAUCAUUUAAGUAACUUCUUAGUUACUUAAACUUUAAUGGCCUUGAGUUAAGAUUUAAUGGUGCAGUUUAUGCUUCCGCAAUACAUUUUUAUGAUGUUAGCCAGGCAGCUGUUUAACACCCAUGUCUCAAAGAACAAGAUGCUGCUGCUGGUACCUUGUAUAAGAGCUCUCCAGACUGAAGAUAAGUUUGUCAGCAAUAGGUUCUGAGGGAUACUCACCAAGAAGAAAGAAUCAGAAGAACAAAGAAAGGAAGAAAAGACACAUCUGCACCCAAAACAGAAAAUAGAUACGAAAAUGUCACUUUAUGAACUCAAAAUAAUACUGAAAAGAAAUAGAAGACUGAAAAUAAAAGAGUUGGAAACCACUUGGUAAUUGGAUAGUUUGUGUCAACAUCCCUAGGUUUCCUCUUUCUAAAAAAUGCACUAACAGUGUCAAGCAAAAAAUUCAGUAAUAUUUCACCGUCAUCAUUAAGGAAGAAGUUCAAAUACAGCCUGUGAUAUGAAGUUUGCCCAGUUUGUCUGAAUUCUUUUUAAAGUAGCACUAGCUUAAAUGAAGAGAAAGACUGUCGUUUGUCUCCUUUAGAUACAUAUGCUCCUGCUUUUCUGUCUAUAUGUGAUUGGACCUAAAUGUGAUUAAU